AAUCAUUUGUAGUCUUCGUUGACUGUGACUCAAUUAGAAACUGGAUCGAAUUAGCAAAUAUUUCCACUUCUUUACUCUAAAUUCACUCGAUUCCAUGUUUUCUGCUCCCAAUUCGAGCUAGGAUUCUUCUAAUUUAGGGCUUUUUUCCACUUUCCCGGACUUGGGGUUUCUCCGUUUCUUCUGAUUGUAUCAUGGGAUCUACUGAUUUCCGCUUUCUUCAAGGCUUUGGGGCUUAAUCUUGUUUGUAUUCUUGGAGUUCUUAUGGUUAUGGAUAGCAGAAAGCGAUGUAGCAGGAAACUAAGGACGAGGGCUUGACUUUUCGUAACCCUUUUCCGAGAAAUUUGCCGGUCUAAGAACAAGUAGUGAUUGGGAAUGGCUACGCCAGUUGAGCCUCCAAAUGGGGUUAGAUCCCAAGGGAAGCAUUACUAUUCAAUGUGGCAAACCUUAUUUGAGAUUGAUACUAAAUAUGUACCCAUUAAGCCUAUUGGUCGAGGGGCAUAUGGUAUUGUGUGUUCUUCUGUGAAUAGGGAAACGAACGAGAAAGUUGCGAUAAAGAGAAUACAUAAUGCGUUUGAGAAUCGUAUCGAUGCGCUUCGAACUUUGCGUGAAUUGAAGCUUCUUAGGCAUCUUCGUCACGAAAACGUUAUAUGUUUGAAAGAUGUGAUGAUGCCUAUUCAUAGAAGAAGUUUUAAAGAUGUUUAUUUGGUUUAUGAACUUAUGGAUACGGAUCUUCAUCAGAUUAUUAAGUCCUCUCAGACUCUUACCAAUGAUCACUGCCAAUAUUUUCUCUUUCAGUUGCUCAGAGGAUUGAAGUAUCUGCACUCUGCAAACAUCCUACAUCGAGACUUGAAGCCUGGGAACCUCCUUGUCAAUGCAAAUUGUGACCUCAAGAUAUGUGAUUUCGGGUUAGCCCGUACGAGCAACGGCAAGAAUCAAUUCAUGACAGAGUAUGUCGUUACUCGCUGGUACCGAGCCCCAGAAUUGCUUCUCUGCUGUGAGAAUUACGGGACAUCGAUCGAUGUGUGGUCUGUAGGAUGUAUCUUUGCCGAGCUUCUUGGUAGGAAGCCUAUCUUCCCAGGUACUGAAUGUUUGAAUCAACUCAAACUGAUAAUUAACAUACUGGGUAGCCAAAGAGAGGAAGAUCUCGAGUUUAUAGACAAUCCAAAGGCAAGGAGGUACAUAAAAUCCCUCCAGUACUCUCCCGGGGCUCCGCUUUCCCGUCUUUAUCCAAACGCUCAUCCUCUUGCAAUCGAUCUGCUACAAAAGAUGCUUGUCUUUGACCCAUCAAAGAGGAUCAGUGUAACUGAAGCAUUGCAACAUCCUUACAUGUCUCCACUGUAUGAUCCAAACAGCAACCCUCCAGCUCAGGUACCGAUCGACCUCGACAUAGAUGAGGAACUUGGAGAAGAAAUGAUACGAGAGAUGAUGUGGAAGGAAAUGCUUCAUUACCAUCCCGAAGGUCUGGAAGAGCACGCAGAAAUGAAAUGUUUCCACCCCGAACCUACUACGAGUAGUGCCGUGGUGUUUUCGUGACCAAUCCCUCAUUCUCGAUCCAGCUUAGAGACCUUGGAAGGUGGCGAUGGUGACAAACAGUCAGUUCCUUCCUAUAUCGAACAGCUCGGUAAUUAUCAGGUAACUUCCUUUGACCGCCCUGCCAUUAUCAUCACUUGGGGAAAAUGGUUGUCUUGUAAUAAUUAAUAAUGUUGAAACAAGCAUGCAUAAGAGGGUUUUGUCUGCUGUAGCAUGUCUGUCUUUCUGGUAUUCAAGAACCUUGUUUGGCUGGUCUUGUCUGUGCUUGUAAAUAGGUAUAUGCUGGUUUGGAUUAUGGAACAUGUUUCUGUCUGUGAAUUAGAAUGUUUCUUAGAUAUAUGCUAAUUUUGCAUGCAAUCUUGCA